UCUGCCAUGGACGCCCUGGAACAUGCUUCGUUAUAUGACACAGACUUCGUCAGGAAUGGGCGCGCUGUGACGGCGCUGUGGGGGUCCUGCACGCUGUUCCUCUCCGUGCUGGAGGUUGUGGUGCUGCUGCAGCCUGCGUGGGUUCUUGGGGCGCAGGGCAGGGGCCACUUUGGCCUGUAUGAGGUGUGUGAAGAGUCCGAUUUGGGUGCCGAGUGCCGGGGGUCCCCGGGGUCCCUGCAGCCUCUUCCACCCUUCCAAACGGCUGCGGGGUUCAUGGUGGGGGCUCUGCUGCUGGUUCUGCUCAGUCUGGGCUGCGUCGGACUCCUGUGGUUCUGUCGUUCUGGGACUGUCUACAAACUGUGUGCCUGGCUGCAGCUGAGCGCCGCCUCCUGCCAGGCUCUCGCCUGCCUCCUCUUCCCCGACGGCCUCGAUUCUCCUGCCGUCCGCGGCCUCUGUGAUUAUCGCUCUGACAGAUACGAGUUGGGGGGCUGCUCCAUGCACUGGGGGUUCCUUCUGGCCAUAUUGGGGGCUCUAGAUGCGCUGGUUCUGUCCAUAUUGGGGUUCACGCUUGGGAAACGACAAGAUACUCUUCAUCCAAAUGACAUCAAAAGCAACAAGCAAGGUUUAUCCAAAUCCCUCCCCUGAGGAGCCGCGAGACCAUAUUGGUGCUGAUAGCUCUUGCUGCUCUGCCUUCUCUUCCCUGCCAUUGGCUAGCUCGGCUCUCCUACCGUCUUCUGUGUUAUCUGUACCUCUGGCUGGCACCUUGUGUGCUCUGCCUUGGCCCCUGUGUGCUCUGCCUUAGACUCUGUGUGGUCUGCCUUGGCCCCUGUGUCCUCUGCCAGGAACCCAGUGUCCCCUGCUUGUCUGUUCCCCUUGCAAUUUUCCCCUCGUUAUUCACGUUACAAUAAAUAUCCACUUCACUUUGU